GAGCAGCAGUGGGCCGCGGGCUUCUGGUCCGUUGCGCGUCCCGCACCACCUUCCACCUCCGGAGACCGCGUCUGCAGCCGGCCGCCGAGCCUACAGGAUGAACUUUAAGAACUUGAGAGAGUACCUGGCCUGGCUGUACUACCAGUACCUGCUCAUCACUGGCAUCUAUGUCCUGGAACCCUGGGAGAAGUCCAUCUUCAACUCCAUCCUCUUCUCCGCCAUCGCCAUGGUGAUCUACACCUCCUAUGUCUUCGUGCCCAUCCACAUGCGCUUGGCGCUGGAAUUUUUCUCUGGGACCUUCGGUGGCCAGCCAGAGAGCACCAUGGCACUCAUGAGCUAGCAGUAGAGAA